CUUCGAGUCUGGCUGUCAAAGGACUGUUUCCUGAUCUGAAGGAGAGGAGACAGACCAGGGCUGUAACAGUAGGGGGGGGAGAGGAGCAUCAUGGCCAUGGCUUACCAACAGAAGCUAGCUGAGAAGCUCACCAUCCUCAAUGACAGAGGGACAGGGGUGCUGCUGCGUAUGAACUACAUUAAGAAGACGUGCUUGGAUCCCAAGCUUCGGCCACAAUACCUGACAGACAAGACCAUGGAAGCAUCAGUCAAAUACAUCAAUAAGAAGUUCCCCAACAUCGACUUCAGGGGAAAUAGUCAGCAGUAUCUGGUAGGCAUCCAGAAACACAAGUCUGAGGUGAUGGCGGCCAUUUCCAGCUACUAUGACUCCUUCAUAGACGUUAUGGAGUUCAGGGAUCAUGUUUAUGAACUGCUGAAUACAAUUGAUGCCUGCCAGUGCUUCUUCAACAUUGCGGUGAACUUUGAUUUCACCAAGAACUACCUGGAGCUGAUCAUCACAUAUAUAUCUGUCAUCGUCAUGCUUUCACGCGUGGAAGACAAGAAGGUCCUGGUGGGCAUGUACAACUGUGCUCACGAGAUGUCCAAUGGCAGCAGUGACCCUGCGUACCCCCGCCUGGCUCAGAUGUUUAUGGAGUAUGAACAGCCCAUUAAGAAAUUGACUGAGGAAUUCGGCCCUCACACUAAGGGUGUGACGGAGGCCCUCCUGUCCCUACAGAUGUUGUAUCCCAGGAGGAACCUUCCCGCAGAACAGUGGCGCAGCGCUCAGCUCCUCAGUCUCCUCAGCGCACCUGCCUCCAUGCUGGACCCUGCCUGCUGCGACACCAUGGCCUGUGAGUACUUGUCCUUAGAGGUGAUGGAGCGAUGGAUCCUUCUGGGUUACCUGCUGUGUCAUAGCAGUCUGAACACCAACCAGUCAUCUCAGGAGCUGUGGAAGAUGGCCCUCCGCAGCGGCCUUUAUCUCACCAUCAUCAGGGAUGAGACAAUCAACAUCCAUAAGAUCACAGAGGACUACUUCGAUGGCCUGAAAGGGUACAGUAAGCGUAUCGCCGAUAUCAAAGAAUGUCGCGAGCAUGUUAUAGUCAACAGUGGAGCCAUGCACAGAGAGAGGAGAGGUUUCCUGAGGAACGCCUUGAAGGAGCUGGUCAAAGUCCUGGAGGAUGAACCUGGACUUCUGGGACCCAAGGUGUUGUUUGUGUUCAUGGCUCUGUCGUUUUCCCGCGACGAGGUCCUGUGGCUCGUCAGAUAUUCAGAGAAUAUUCCCAAGACCAAGACUCCAGAGGACUACGUAGACUCGCAGAUGGCUGAACUCCUGUUUUACAUGGAGAGGUUGAGGACCCUGAUGACUAAGUACAGCCGUGUGGUGCAACGCUACCAUGUCCAGUACCUGGCCCAGUUUGAUGCCCUGCUCCUCAACGACACCAUGCAGAAUAUGUACGUCUGUCCAGAAGAGGAAUCAGUCCUGAUGACAUCAUUUGUCUCAACCCUGUCUGCACUGACUAUCAAGCAAGUGGAAAACGGAGAGGAGUUUGACUUCAGGGCUCUGAGACUGGACUGGUUAAGAUUACAGGCCUACACCAGUGUGUCCAAGGCCCCACUCUCCCUCAAGGAAUACCCAGACCUGGCUAAAGUGAUGAACAUGACCCAAUUCCACACCAAGAUGUUGGACAACGUGCAGGAGAUGCUUCACGAAACCUCAGAUCUCUCCAUUCUCUG